UAUUACAGUGUGUGUACUGUAUUACUGGCAAAGGUACAACACGCCAAUCAACGCGGACAACAGUCGUAGUCUGCGGAUAGUAAAAAGAUUUGGAGGCCGAAGAGACACGGCGAGGUGUGUGUGUGUGAUACGCAGACAUGUAGGUUUGAUAAAUGUACUCGACGUAAGUGUCAGUAUCGCGUCAGAGUGGGGGCUUGUAACGAGGUGAAUUUACACCAGCAGCGAGUUCGUCAACGAACAGGUGACAAUAUACGACCAACUUGUACUUGCCGAUGUUUCGUCUUUCAUUUUUACCUGGUCGAAAAAAAUCCGCACGGUCCUGAUUCCAGCAUCAAGCGUCGGUGUCGGUGCCACCCUUCGACCAUCGAUUACCCAAUGCCUGCCAAUGGAUUAAACAGCGUGAUGGAAUGGGAAUCUAGUCGCAGUAACCGAUGAUUUUCGUAUUCGUGUGUUGUUGUAGUGUAACGUGGGAAUUAUCUGCAAUGAUCAAGCAGUGGUAACAACAAUGUGUCCAAUACUAUAUCAUACUUUACUAAAAAUGAGAAUUUUAUAGAAAUAUGCUUGAUUCAGCGGAAAGGCCGUUUUGAGGUUGUUUUCUUCCUUUACUCGUUUGAAGCAAUUAGCUCGGUGACUAAGUGUUGACGGAUUCCAUUCUUCAUCUUGUUGAAAUGUGAGAUAAAUUCAUUCAUCUGAUCUCUUCUUGCCUCGGGAAUCACCGGGCUUUUUAUUCCGAAAGAAUCGACGGACUGCUAUUAGAAAUAGCUGUAUACAGUCGCAGCGAGUGGUCUGAAAUGUGUUAGAGUUAAAAACCCCAGUAACAGCGACCUGGCGCGUUUAAAAACAAGCCUAGUAUACAUCUUAACGAGGUUUAUCUUACAAUUUGUUUUGGUCUGAGUGGUAGAUGGACAACCGUUAGUCCGACUCCGAAAACAAGCAAACUACCACGAUUCCAUCUUACGACAUUCAGACGCUAGUCAUACGAACAAACUGGAUAUCUCCAUUGUGGACGACGCAAUGCCGGCCAAAGAAGAAGAGGCAAGUCCUGGUAGCGCACAGGCAUGUAGUGAUACAAGCAGUAAUGGAAGUUCUUCAAAUGUGAAAAAACACUCCCGGAAACGAGGACAUUCUGGUGUUAAUCAGUUAGGUGGUGUAUUCGUCAACGGUCGACCGUUACCAGAUUCUACAAGACAAAGAAUUGUUGAGUUGGCCCACAGCGGAGCUCGACCUUGUGACAUAUCCCGCAUUCUUCAAGUGUCCAACGGAUGUGUUAGUAAAAUUUUAGGACGAUAUUACGAAACGGGUUCGAUUCGACCCCGCGCCAUCGGUGGCAGCAAACCCCGGGUAGCUACAAAUGAUGUCUGUUCAAAGGUGGCUCAGUAUAAGAGAGAAUGCCCUUCAAUAUUCGCCUGGGAAAUCCGAGAUCGACUUUUGGCAGACGGAGUUUGUAACCAAGAAACUAUUCCUAGUGUAUCCUCUAUUAAUCGUGUUUUACGGAAUCUCACCUGUGACAACCAGAAGAUAAUGGGCCAAGGGUCGAUGUAUGAUAAAUUAGGAUUAUUAAACGGACAAAGUUGGCCACGCCCUAACCACCCCUGGUACUCUCCCGGUAUGUCGAUGGGUGGAUUAGGACAUCCUGGUGGUUACCCCGCCCCUGCACAUCCUACAAGUGGUAUGAUGAUGGAAAAGAAAAUGAAAUACAACGAAAAUGGCAGCGGGGGAUCUCCCGGAAGUCCGAGUGACGGACCGAAGAAUGGAGAAAACGAUGAACAAAUGAGGAUGAGAUUAAAAAGAAAAUUACAGAGAAACAGAACUUCAUUCACUGCCUCCCAGAUAGAAUCGCUGGAAAAAGAAUUUGAAAGAACUCAUUACCCAGAUGUAUUUGCCCGGGAAAGAUUAGCACAAAAGAUUGAUUUACCGGAAGCAAGAAUACAGGUUUGGUUUUCUAAUCGAAGAGCAAAAUGGCGGCGUGAAGAGAAAUUAAGAAGUCAGAGACGAGAAGUUGUGAAUGGAGCAACACGUUUACCAAUCAACAGUAGUUUUACAAAUAAUAUGUAUCCUUCCAUACAUCAACCAAUCGCUUCCAUGACAGAAACUUAUAGUUCCAUUCCACAAGUUCCAAGUUAUUCAUUCUCCAACUCAUUUGCAACCAACCCAGCAUGCCUUCAAUCAUCUAGUUCCGGUUCUUAUUCGUGUAUGCUGCCAGAUUAUUCGUCACGAAAUUACGAUGCUUUAUCGCUUAGCAACUACUCAAGGCCGGCAUGUAACCCUGGUAACAGCCACAUGCCAAGUCAUAUGAACAAUAAUUCUGCCUCAACUGGUCUCAUAUCUCCUGGCGUAUCUGUACCAAUCCAAGUUCCAGGCGGCCCUCAACAGGACUUGGGUGCCCAUCAUAUGACAUCAAUGACGUCACAAUAUUGGCCUAGAAUUCAGUGAUAUUCUCAGAAACUAUUGACAGAAAAACAAUAUUAAUUCUAUCAAAAAGGGAGAAUGGACAAUGUCUCGCGCUUUCAGCAGCGAGGAUGCGACCUUGUUCUCGAUUAAAUGUUCGAUUGCUGCGGUAUAAUAAAAAAAACACUUGAUGAAAAAAUAUACCAAUACUGAGAUUAUCCAGACGUUUACGACUGCUUAUAGUAGUUAAAAGUGUGGUAUAUAUGGACAUCAUAUCAUUAACUUUGUCGGUUAGCAUAUCAUCAAAAUAUCUCGUGUGUUCAAUGUCAUAUUCUGUGUUUUUAUAUGUGAUAAAAGCGACUUUAUGCUGGAUACUCGAACUAAGGGGUAAAUCGAAAGUAGGCUAAAUGAAAGACUAUGCUUACCGCAUCAAAAGUGCAACUCGUGUUUCAGUGUAGAAGAAUGAAUUCUAAGUGCUCAAUCCGUUUUCUGCAAGUGCUCAGCAAGAAACAGCAGAUUAAUGAUAUUAGUAUAAAUGUUGCAACAAUGUUGAAUGGAACUAGUAUAAUUAAUAAAAACUACUAAAAGCUCAGGCAGCAAAAUGAACCAUAUUUAAAAUCAAAAGUGGAAGUAAUGUCAGUGAAGAGUAAAGUUGCGCGGUGCGAACGAAGAACUGCGUGUGAUCGUUAGGAACAGUGCAAUCAAGACAUUACUAAAUUAGCUGUAAACUCUUUAACACAUUGUAAUUUCUGUAAUGAAUUUUGAUUUCCUGUAUAUUGUAAUAUAUACAUAGACAUUGUAAUGUGUUUAAUUUGGGCAAUGAAUCUACCUCUGUUCGAACAAAACAAUAAUACAAAACCUCUAGAUCUCCCUCCUAAACAAGUUGUUUCACUUUAAAAUGGAAUCCAGAACUUUGUUCAGUUAGCUUUAUUCCAAAUUGAUUAUUAAUGGGAAUAUUGAAAACAUAUCAUUAUACGAACAAAGAAUUCGGAAAACUUAUAAAACACUAUUUCAAUGAAUCCUUGUCUCGUUGUUUUGUCCAAUUGUUGUGUGUACAUUUUUGUCAUAGUCCCAAAUUAUUAUCUAAAUAAUGUAAUUUAUUUCUUUUAAUGUUUGGAAAUUGUAGAUUGUAUAAAAAAAAGUCUACCCUUUUCAAUAAUCAGUUUAUUUAAUUUUUUUUUUUCAAAUUGUUAAUUUCAACCAUGAUUCAUAAAUUUCAUAAACGUUUUGAAAAAUAUUAUUUUAUCAAAGAGCAAUGUUGUUAAAUCUGAAAAUGUUUUCUUUCUGCAAUAUUUUUUAAAUACCCCAUUACUCACUGCCCCACCCCUACAAUCACAGAUUUAAGGCUUUUUUGCUUAGUUCAUGAAUGAAAAAAAUGUGGCGGUUGUGGGGUAAAGCUCAAGACGAGAAGGACUGUUACCGUCCCUUGCGGGUACCAAAUGGUGCAAUAAUAUUAUCAAUGCUCCUUGGCAGCCUUGAAAUUCAUAAUUAGCUAGUUAAUUAAAAGGACUGCUCGCUCACAUAUUGGUAAAUUUCAGCGCCAUGCCAUACGGAGUUUGAUAUUAUGUUAAUUUCUUAGAUAUAUAACUAUAAAUAAAUAUAUAUUAUUAUGACUAUUAAUUAUUAUUCUGGAUUUUUUUUUAGUUAAGAUAUUAAAUGAAAAUGGAUAACAAAAAAAAACGUGUACAGUUGAUUAGUUUUAAUUUAACUUAGAUAAAUAUUAUAAAUAGUCUCAUCUUAUCAUGUACAAAAUUAAAUUUAACAAGGGGCGGGGACUAAACAAGAACAGGAUACAAAUUCAAUUCAUCACUAUCUCGCCAUCAAGGUACUUUGUUUUACUAGUUCCGUAAAUUGUAGUGGUUAGUUGAAUUCGGAUCCAGGACUUGGUCCCCACUUAUAAGACAAGCGAGGACCGGGGACUAAACAAGAACAGGAUUCAAAUCCAAUCCAUCACGAUCUCUAGACAUCAAGGUACUUUGGUUUAGUAGUUCCGCAAAUUGUAGUCGUUAGUUGAAUUAUGAUCCAGGACUUGGUCCUCGCUUAUAAGUCAAGCAAGAGCUGGGGAUUAAACAAGAUCCAAAUCCAAUCCAUCACUAUCUCUACAUCAAGGUACUUUGGUUUAGUAGUUCCGCAAAUUGUAGUGGUUAGUUGAAUUAGGAUCCAGAUCUUGGUCCUCACUUAUAAGUCAAUCAUGGGGUGGCCCACACCUAAGCCAUGACCCGGUUCCCAGCGAAAACAAACAGGCCCCAGCUUGUUCUGCAUUAAUUGAUUCCAAAAACUGCAUCCAAUAUUUGUACCGCGGUACCUCUCAAGGAGUGAUUUUUUAUCCUCUCUUUUAUACACAAAAGCACAAGGGAAGGUGUAAGCUAUGUGAAGUUCUAAAUUAAAUGAGAAGUGACACCGAGUGGUCUAGAAUGGUUGUCGAAAGGUAUUGUUUAGCUGUCGUCACUAUAUAGAUCAGUUUGGGCAACCGUAACUUUUCUCCAAUAAUUAAUCCCCUAUAGAGAAUACAAAGAUUAUUAACGGGUGUUGUGCACGAUGCAGUGUGUACCCUUUUUUGGAACAUGUGACGAUAAUUUUAUUUAUCAACCCCCAAUAAAAUUGUAUGGGAACCGGGAUUUGGGGCGUUCACCGGGGAGUUUUUUUUAUCGUCGUGUACUGCCUUUUAUAUAUUUUUAACACACAAUUCGUGACCAUUGUGACAUGAAAGAUAUAAACACAUUAUGAGAGAAAAAAGGGAGAAAACUGUAAAAAGACCCUUUAUAGAUCUCAUAUCACACAUUUUACUUGAAA